AUGCCUCCACGAAUACCCAUUGCGUCGCGUUCGGCCGCCUCAAGCUUAUGCAUCCGGCCAGCUCCAAGCGCAUCAACCCUCUCCCUUCCCAUCAUAUCAACAGCCUCUGUCUCAACAUUUGCCGAACGGAAGGCCCAUAAAGACCCAUACGCCCUUGCCCAAUCCGCACAGCGAAAAGCUGUCAAUCUCGCUCGCCAGAAGGUCCUUCAAGCAGAGCGAAAGCAGGCAUUAGGCGAUCCAGUUCGAGGAAUAACCACGCCUUUCGUACAAUCAUUCGACAGCGUAGGAGGAUCCGCCAAGGUUAAAGCAGUGGAAAAGGAUGGAGUGGUAGUCGGCCUGGAACCAACGAUUGAGACCGAUGCAUCUCUCGGAUAUUUCCUCACACCCGAGGAGUUGAAAAAGUCCCUAGACCAUUCAUAUUCGCUGGCCGAACCGUUUAAUCUCACUUCCAUCCAAGACCCCGUAGAAAGGCGAGAGAUCCGGACGAAAUACGAAGAUGGACAUCAACGGGCGACUGUCGCGUUAACGAGAAUCGUCAGUCUGGCAAAUGCAAGUCAGGAAGCGAAGACCAGGGCGAAUAAGCAGCGUUGUAUCGAGACGUUUGGACGACACCGGACAGAUGGCGUGUUAAGACCUCGAGCGCCUGUAAAUCCGUCGAUUGUUGACAAAGACGCCCCGCAAAAGACACCGAGAGCCGGUCCAGAUACCGGGAGCUCAGAAGUCCAGAUUGCUAUUUUAACAGCAAAGAUCAAGGUUCUGGCAGAUCAGUUGGAGAAGAAGGGCGGAAACAAGGAUAAGGUCAAUAAGAGGAACUUGAGGAUAAUGGUUCACAAACGUCAGAAGCAUUUGAACUACUUGAGGAGGAAGGAAAGAGGUAGUGAUAGGUGGCAGAACUUGAUCAGUACUCUGGGGUUGACGGAGGGUACUUACAAGGGAGAGAUUAGCCUGUAA